CAGCCUCGUCGACCCCUUCUCAACGAUACUUACGGGCGCUUUAUGUAAAGGCAUUGGUUGCUCGUCAUCAUCAACGUGACAUCUUAUGACGGGGUUAACCCGUCGCAGAAAAGAAAGUAGUACAUGGGUUUGCACUACCUACAACGAGAAAGAACAGUAACCACGUGGUACGUAUGAGCAGAUAUGCCGGGAGUCUACAUUGCUGCCAAAAUCUCCUAUUUUCCUAUUCCCAUACCCAUGUAGGCUGCAGAGCAGCACGAGACCUACAAUGCUUACACCUACCCAGAUAUAUAGUUCCGACCUUACAUAGGGUAAUUCGAGAUCGAACACCCUAAAACGGGCUAUCUCCUCGCAAUGUCAACAGUACACCAGUCCGCUCCAUUGGAUCUCAGACCUACUUUCAAUACCCGACUGCUCAAACUUGAGUUAGAGUCUUCGGAAGUCGCGCCCUCAUCGACUAUCUCUCUUGGACUCCAUGUAACAUCGCUGGCCAAUGCACCUCCGUAUACCGCCGUCUCAUACGUGUGGGGAUUGCCAUCUCCCACGAAACAGAUCUUGCUCAAUGGACAGCCCUUUACUGUGCGCCAAAAUCUCUGGGAUCUCCUCAGCCGCCUACGGGACGUGAAAUACGACGAUUACCUCUGGAUCGACGCUCUAUCUAUCGACCAAACCAACGACAAGGAGAAGAAUCACCAAGUCGCCAUGAUGGGGUCCAUAUACAAGCAGGCAGAGUUGACGAUAGCUUGGUUUGGUGCCGCGAUUAAGGACGCAGCAAAAGACAUCAAGCGCUUGAAGAGGAUGCAUUCGGAAAAAACCGUCCCGGUCGCAGGCUUGGCUCCGUACGCUGCAGGACUCAAUUACCUCUUUUAUAACCCGUACUGGACUCGCACAUGGAUCCUGCAAGAAUAUGUUCUCUCGACCGACGUCAUUGUCAUGUGUGGAAAAUGUACCAUUACAACUGCGGCAUUGGAAUGGAUCGCUCAUAAAUGGGUGGAAUCUUCUAGCGAUGACUUGCCGCUUUUCAGGGGAGACGCCUGGAAGAUAAUAACCCAGACAAAUGCCUCCAAAAGGUCCGAUGGAUCCACCUCUCGGAAGCGCUUGUCUCGUCUAACGUCCCUCUUGUCUAUGACAGAGCAAACUGUUUGUGUGGACCCACGCGAUCGUAUAUAUGCACUACUUUCCUUGCUCUCUAAGCGAGAACGCGAGAUCUGGGCUAUCACACCGGAUUACGAAAAAUCUGCCCAAACACUGUUUGAGGACCUUUGCAAUGUUCUCCGGAGUCGUACUCUAGAUAUUGUUAAACAUAGAUCGGAUGUGUGGUUUGUGGAGCAAAGGUUGCGUGAUAUCUUGCUCUUGUAGCACAAUUCCAAGGGAGUUGGUGAAUUCAAGUCAGCUACUGUUUCUCUUGUGCCAUUGAAGACUGUUACGUGUCCGUCAGGACCUUUUUCCUAUGCCUGCCAGCGAUGACCAUCAGUCCCCUAUCAGCUAAUUGUUCACUCACCUAAAUCACACAUGCAAGACCAAGAAGUUUUAAACCAGACUCGCUCACAUUCAUCUAUAUACAAAAUCAGACAAAACCCAC